AUGCACAGGAAGAUUUGCGAAAUGGUGAUCUAUAUUAUCGAGAAAGAUCCUGAGCUUUUGGAACAAAUCAAACAGGCCAACUUUCACUUGAUGUUGACCGAUCCAGCAAACGGAGGAGUGGACUGUGCAUGGAGAAGUGCAUUUCAGCGAACGUAUAAUGUGUUGUUUUACGUCAUUCGGCUUUUCCUUUACAAGCGCAUCGUUGGUCCUCAUUACAGCACCUUGUGUGACCGAUAUUUUGGUCCUGAUUCGCACUAUUUUGAGUUACUCCAAGCAGCUGAUAUUUGGCUCAUGAGGGUGGAUUUUGUUUUUGAAUUUCCUCGCCCGACUAUACCAAAUGUCAUUUACGUUGGCGGUUUCCAAUGCAAACCUGCAAAAGAGCUUCCGAGGGAUCUGGAGGACUUUUCGCAGAGCUCUGGAGAGCAUGGUGUUAUUAUUAUGUCUCUAGGAACGUUAGUUGGCCAACUUCCUCUUGACAUAGCUGAUGAAAUAGCAGCUGCGUUUGCUCAGCUUCCCCAAAAAGUGAUUUGGAGAUACACAGGAGCGCAGCCGUCGACUUUGGGCGACAACACUUUACUGGUUAACUGGUUACCGCAGAAUGAUCUCUUAGGACAUGCAAAGACCAAGGUUUUUGUGUCUCAUAGAGGAACUAAUGGUAUUUUUGAAGCCAUUUAUCAUGGCGUUCCUAUAGUCGGAUUACCGCUUGUUUUCGAUCAGGAUGAUAACCUUUCAAAAAUGAGACAUAGAGGUGUGGAUAAAGUUGUGGACAUUGCCAACAUAGAUAGAAGUAUAUUUAAAGAUGCGUUACAAGAAGUGCUUACAGAGCCAUCCUACAGGAAGAACGUGCAGAAACUGUCCAGUCUGCAUAGAGACACACCAGUAAAUCCGUUAGUUAGCGUCCUCUUCUGGAUUGAGUUUGUCAUGAGACACAGAGGCGCUGCUCACCUGCGCACUGACUCUUAUAAAAUGCCCUGGUACUCAUACUACAGUGUUGAUGUCGUAGUGACACUCAACCUACUUGUGCUGCUUUUUGCACUUUUAACAGCACUAACCAAAUGUGUUCUCAUAACAAUAGAGAAUUUUUAA